CACAGAGGAGAGAGAAAAAGAAAGCGCUUUCUGCAUCACACCUCUUUUCUUCAUUUACAUUCCAGACGUUGGCUCCUCUCUCAAGAACCCCCUUCUCCAUUUGAAAUGCCAGUCACCCCUGGCUUUUUCUUCAUUCUUGAUCACACACAAUUCCUCUGCAUUGAUGUGAGGGAGCUGGAAACUUGGCACGUGCUGAGGAGAUUCCCCAUUCUCCGCCUGAACGCCAGCUGAAGUUGAUGUGAAGAUAUAAGACUGUGGAUUUUAUCCUCUUUGAGAUUUCCAGGAAUAGACUGAUUUUGACUUUGGAGGAUUCUCCAGUGCUGUCAUUGUCCAUGUUCCUGGCUCCUGACUAAAAACUGUUUAAGAGCUACUAGGAAUUAUGUGAUCAGAGUGGCAAGGACUCAACUUCCUCUCCUUUUUCAGUGUGCACAUCCUGUGUCAGCAGCUGCCUGCCCCGUUCAGACACAACUGUGGUUCUCCCCGGUAAGCUAGGGGACCGAUAAAGGAGGGGGUGUGUGGAUAUCCUGUACUGCUGGGGUUUGAUCUGGACUUUAAGCUGGACUCGCCACCUGCCCCCACAGCAGUCACAGAGUGUAUGAUCCAGUGUGUUUUACUCAGUAAGUGGCUCUCUGCAGGAUACUGUCACUGCAUAUGUGUGUGUUAGUGAAAGGAUUUCUGUGGAAAAGGAGCAUUUGCAUUUCAUGUUGCUGCUAAUAUGGCAGGCACCUUGCACGGACACAUACACUGUGUGUCUGAUACAUACAGACUUACUGCGUGCAUCCUUUGCUGAGCUAGGGCCCCAAGGAACUAGCACCCUAAUUGUGCGCCCAAGCGCAUCCUGAACAAAAUGAAUGCAACUGAGCUGAACCAAAGCACAGAACCCUUUUGCCUGCUGGACAUUGGCUACUCUCAGAUCUAUGACACCUGCCUGCUGGAAGUAGCUGUUAUUUUCUUCUUGACAGUGCUCAUCAUCUCUGGAAAUCUGGUCGUUAUAUUUGUGUUCCACUGUGCACCACUACUCAGCCAUCAUACAACCAGUUCCUUCAUACAGACAAUGGCAUACGCAGACUUCCUGGUGGGGGUCAGCUGUCUUAUCCCUUCACUGUCCCUGCUCUACCACCUGGAGGACUUGAAUGAGGAACUCACCUGCAUGGUUUUUAGCUACAUGGUGUGCGUGUUGAAGAGUGUCUCCAUGGCCUCUCUGGCAUGUGUUAGUGUCGACCGUUACAUUGCCAUCACCCGGCCUCUUUCCUACGCAGCUCUGGUCACACCCUGCCGUCUUCGCACCUGCAUCGCCCUUAUUUGGCUAUAUUCGGCACUCAUCUUUUUGCCAUCUUUUUUUGGUUGGGGUAAGCCAGGAUACCAUGGUGAUGUGUUCAAAUGGUGCUCCUCCUGGGACACCCAGCCCCUCUUCACUGCCUUUAUUGUUGCUGCCCUCUAUGCACCGGCUGCUUUCACUGUUUGCUUCACCUAUGCCCAUAUCUUUCGCAUAUGUCGGCAGCACACCCGUCAGAUCAGUGAACGAAGAGCUCGCUUUGGCCCACAAGAGUCUGAGCCAGGUGAACAAGCCUGCACAGACAAACGUUACGCUACUGUGCUCUUCCGUAUCACCAGUGUUUUCUACCUGCUUUGGCUACCCUACAUCAUCUACUUUCUGCUGGAGAGCGCAGGGAUAUACCGCCAUGCCAUCGCCUCAUUUCUGACCACAUGGCUGGCCAUUAGCAAUAGUUUUUGCAACUGCCUCAUCUACAGCCUUUCCAACAGCGCCUUUCGCAAAGGCCUUAAGCGCCUCUGCCUUCUAUGUCUGCAAAGUACCGACACCAAGAAGCCCCUUGGAGAUCUAACAGCUCCUUCUCGUCCAGCUUGUCAUGUGUAGUGCCUUCUGUUGGAAAGGAGAGUCAAUUUGGCGAUGAUAGCAAGUGUCCUGUCAAGUUAAAAGUGGAUGCUGAAGAUUUGUAUCUGUGCAUCUGUGUGCUGUCCCAGUUUGGUCCCUGUCAGGGCAUUCGAUCUGUUGGUCAGACAAUGGUCUGUUUCACUAUGUGUAAUUGUGGAGUUAUCUUUGAAGGAGAAGUUGACCCCUGACCCUGAUCAUUAGAAAUGAAGAGGAACGUUAUGUGACAGUGGGCUACUCUCAUAGGUUUACUGAUGUACCAUUUUCAGCAGAUUUUGAUACAGUGAGUACACAUUACAGUGAUAACAGUGAGUAAGUGAUGGGGAAAGGAGAAAAAUCUAAUUCUGUUAGAUAGAUAGAAUUUUGAUUAUAAAGUUUUUAGAUUUCUUUGCCGGUGUGCAAAAAAGCUUACUUUUCAUUAGUGACAAAAACAGUGCUGAGGGAUUUGAUUUUUAUACUAGCAAUACACAAUUUCUUCCACAUAAUUUCAGAGGAUGAACUGGUCAUGAACCUACUCCUUAGUAGAAUAAUUUUUUGGUAGAUUCACAGUGCUUUUUGUCUCUGGACCAGCUAUGAGUCUUGACCUUUAGUAGUCAGAUUGGAAUUUUUUCACAAGAGCUUUUCCCAAAGAGCAGAAUUCUACCCAAGCCCUUCAACAAUGCAGCAAUUACAUGGUCUUCCCAUUUUAUGAUUAUUAAAUGCCAUGGAGGGAUUACAUUAGCAUGCCUCCAAUAUAAGGACAUCAUCCCUAAAAAGCAACAUUAAUCAGAUGGCCUAUUCUGCCUGACUCCUUUCUAACCCUUGAUCGAACUGGAUAUCGAACUUUCUUCUCUCACCCCCAGCAUUAAUGCCAUAGGCUGACCAUCCAACAAAUCCUUCUGAAGGAUUUAUUUAAUUACUUGGAGGGUCUGGUUUGACAUUGAUUUCAAUUUGUUAGUAAUGCCUAUUGAACCUUGUAAUGCCUGCUAGAAUGACUCUUUGACUUGCCCUCUACCGUGAAGUACCCUGUGGAACUCAUUGCCAUGCUUGGUUUGCUUUCACAUGUUGCAGUGAGUUAUAGUAAUGGGGAUGAAUGGUUAAAGAUGGGAAGGGAUCAUCUUUUCUAACGCAUUGCUCAAAGAACAUCACACUUAAAAUAUUACAUCUGUAGUUAGCACAUUGCACGUGACCAUAACAGCUGUUAAGAUAAACGGCACUGUAGUGGUAAAGGUGCUGAUGUGGAAAAGAACCACAAAGACUGUCCAACUCCAGGUGGUUUAGGACAAUUAAUGAUUAAAAUGCGGGUCAUUUUGAAAGCUACUGAAACGAUGAUGGCAGUAUGCAGUGGUCAAAGUCUCUGGCAGAUGUUUCUGAAGAAUCUUGCAUGUGCAUAAACAAUCUUUAAAGAAAAUGUAGCAAAAAAAAAAAAAAAACAGACAGUGAACUACUUUUUAUUGCGCUGUAUUAUGUAUCUUUGUGACACACUUAAGAAACCUCAUAUACAGAUUCUGUACAUAAUUCAUAUGUGGAGUUGCCAAGAAAACAGGGCAUUGAAAAUCAUGCCCUUUGUUCUUUUUCAUGCUACGACUGUGAUCAUGAAUUCCCUCAUUUGGAUGGUACUGUUAAAUAUUGUUUCCUAUGCAGAUAGCUUUGUCUUCAUUAUUGACCAAAGUAAAAAAUAUAUUUAUGGGAGCUUUCUGAUAAUCAUUCUUUUUCUUUUUCUUUUUUAUAAUAGAGGAGUCACAAAAUUGUUUAAGUAUUAAGACUGAAAACACAUGUUGUUGAAUGUAGUGUUUGAUCAUUUGCAAGAUGUAAGAAGUCUUUUAUUAGAUAAAAUGCCCCUUUUCUCUUUAUAUAUAAUGUUAUAAUAUUUUGAGGAUGACUUUUACCUUCUCUUUAAUGGUAUGUUUUUCAUUGGAGAGGGUCAUGUAUUGUGGCAUAUCUCAAAGUCCAAUUUUGGUAUGACAUUAUGACAGAGGCUCUAAUUUUAUAACCAAAGUAGUAGUUUGAAACUGAACCGAAAUUAAUUUAUUUUUGAUGCCACGUCACUUCAGUUUAUGCCUGAAUUACGUAUGGACUUGCUUUCGUAAUUGUAAUACUGUUAUGUGACAAAUUGUGACAUAAAUUUAAGGUCAAGCCUUUGAUAGAUAAUAUGUUAGGUAAGAGUUAAAUAGAGUUGAUACUUUCUGAACUGCCAUGUCAUGGCAGGGCACUGUGCAAUACUUCCAUUUUCUAGAGAAAACAUAACGCACACAAUAGGAAAAAGGGCUUUUAUUUUAUCCAAGUGUCCUACAUUUGUGUUUAAAUGCAGAUCUUGAUCUGGUGGCCUCUGGCCAUGUGCUGUUUUUUAAUGAGCUGAAAGAAUUUGUGUAUCACUGUUGAGCCGUUUACUCAACCACCACUUUAUUGAUCGCACAUGACCACGAGUGUGCGGAACGGCGUGGGUGUUUAUGUGCUUUAAACCAAACAAAGGCACAUGUUUAUUCUGAGAAUUUCUUUUAGUAUUUGACUUAAUUUCUUUUUGGACUCUGUAAUGCUCCUGGUGCAUCUGCAUUCAGAACUCACUCAAAUCCCCCUAAUCUGGGAAACAUUUCUUUUAUUCACCUAGAAAGAAAUUGAGAGUAAAUUAAACACCCCAAAUGUUGAUGUCCAUGUUUUAGUAACUGUCUCUUACAUUUGCUAGAGACCAGAUUAUCCAUACCAUUUGUUACUCUUAUUCUAAAGUCUAAAAAACUGGAAAUAUUAGAGAAUUUUAAAAUUGUGUUUUCCAAUCCUGCAAAAGUAAUGGUUAUUAAUAAAAGUAAUGAAAAUUCCAAAAGGGAAUAUACAUUUUUCUAGUGACGUCCUGUUAUAAGAUAUUUCAUUGGCUUGAUUAAAUAGUGAUAGUUAUGUCAGAUUUUUGAGCAAAAUGUUCUUUCAGAUCGGUUCUUUUCAACGAAUCAGUCAAACAGGUUCACAAAUUGGUCUACAUGACUCAUUAGUGAACUGGUCAGAAUUUUAUUGGAUAUUCAUUGGUCAAAAAGAGUGGGAACCUUGUUUACGUGUGUGUGUGUGUGUGUGUAUGUAUAUAUAUAUAUAUAUAUAUAUAUAUAUAUAUAAUAAAAAACUAAAAUAAAGUUCAAUAGUUUUUUGGGUUGUGAAAUUCUAUAUCUUAAAGCAUGCUUACCUGUUUUAAAAUGCUGUAGAUAUUGUCUUUUGAGGAUAUGUCUACAUGCCUCUUUGUAUGUGAAAGAUGUAGUUAGUGGGAUUUUUAUAUUGAUUUUUGUCUUUGACAAAUGCAAUUGUUGUUUUGUUUUUUCGUCUGAGGGUAAUAUUUACACUUGGUCACUUCAUUUGUUUUUACUGAUUGGAUUGCUGGAUCUGAUCGUGAAAAGACCAAGUGUAAAUGCCCUCUAGACGGAUUCAAGACGGAUAUAAAUCCGGAGGUGGUUUGAGAUGCAUUCCCAUUCAAAACUUGAUCAGUAAAAAUGCAUGAAGUGACCAAGUGUAAAUACCCCCAUGGAUUUUAAGACCGCACUGCUGCCCAAACAGGUGUCAGCAUUGCAUGUUUUGCAUCAUAUACAAUGGUACGUCUGUCUAGUAUGGGAAAGUUUUCAAUGUAAUUGAACUUUUGGGACAUUUCGAUGCCAGAGAGCUUUUUUUGCAUGUUUUUGUCUCUGUAUGAUGCCAAAGCUUUUUUUUUUUUUCCUGUGGGAAAAUGGCUCUGUUCUUGAAAUCAAAGUCAAGGGCUAGUGCUCUCAAGGGAACUAAUCUCCCAUGAUGACUUGCUCUCUGCUGUGCCAUAUUAGGAUGCAGGACCCAACCGGGCCCCUGCCAUCACAGAAAAUGGAGGGCCGAGCUGGAACAGUGUGUGUUCUCUCCCUAAGGAACACACACCCCUCUGUACACACACACACACACACACACACACACACGCACGUUGGUGCGGCUAUCCUUAUGAGGACUCUCCAUAGACUUAAUGAUUUUUAUACUGUACGAACUAUAGAUUCUAUCCCCUAACCCUACCCCUAAAACUAACCCUAACAAAAAAAAUUCUGCAUUUUUACAUUUUCAAAAAAACAUCGUUUAGUAUAUUUUAUAAGCGAUUUGAAUUAUGGGGACACUAGAAAUGUCCUCAUAAACCACAUUUAUAGCAUAAUACCCUUGUAAUUACCAGUUUGUAACCUAAAAAAAAGUCCUCGUAAACCACUUAAACCUGCCCACACACACACGCACACACACACACACCUCUCUGCAACCUCACCUUAAUUGUACUAGGCACCUUUAUUGAAUUUAUUUGUUUUAUGUUUUUAACAGUCUGUUAAAUUGUUGAGCCAGGUUCUUUAAUUAAUUGCUCAUGAUCUUGCCCUCUUUAAGUGUCCCAAAUUUUAUUUAAUUUCUUUGUCUUAUCUUAAGUGAACAUUUUUUCACAAAAGGAUGUGAAAACACUGCAGAGUCUUGGUGAUUAACACUGUUUUGGACUGAAGUUGCUGGGCUGAAUGGAAACUGAACUGUUUUUCCAUAUUUUUUUCAGCAAAUCAACAAAAUUGUGUUGUAGGGCUGUAGUUGAGGUACUGGUGUACUGUACCGCAAGUUUUGUAAUGAUGUCAUGUUUUAGAAAAUAUUUGUGGAUAAUAUAUUUAUAUUCUGGUAUAUCUGCACUGAGAAAAUAAAUGUGAUCUUAUCCAGUGUUGUUUGAACAUCUGUUAUUGAAUGAAUAAAGAAAAUAUUUGAGUGCAUGUGUGUGUUUGUAUGUUGAAUGUAUGCAUGUUUUUCUUAUUUUUAUGUAGAUGUAUGUAUGUAUGUGCUUGAGUGAGUGUCUGACAGUACAUUAAUAGUCAUCUCUUUGCAGACAGGCUUUAGGUAAUUACUUGCAUUGCAAUGCGGUUUGGAUAAAUCUUACAUUUGCUGAUCAGCUAAUCGUUUUUUUUUUUUUUAAAUUACGCAAUUAAUGCAAUAUCUGUUUUUUUUGUUUUUUUUUCACUUCCCAAAAUUUCACUAAUGAUUUUCUUCACUUUCUGUGGCUAAAAUAGACAUACAUAAAUGUUCAAUAGGUACCAGCAUGAC